AGGUUUAUGUAAAAGGAAUUAAUGAUGAUGCGGAGACCAAAGACUGCUAAUUUUGAUGAAUCAUGGAAGAACAUAUCGCGCGUAACAACAGCGGUGAUGUCAGAAUCUCCAGUGGAAAGAGACGAGUGGUGCGAACAGAUAACCUCCGUGUAUUAUCUGUGUAUGGCAAUGCCGACCCCUCUAGCUGAGUCUCUGUACAAUAAACUGAAGGAGUAUCUUAUUAAUCAUGUUCAAAGUUGUAGAGAACAAGUGUUGGAAGCAAGCAAUGGAAUCUUACCAAUAUACAACUCUCUCUACAAAACUUACUUUCGUGGGGCUGGUUACCUCAACGAUCUGUACAUGCAUCUGAACCAGCACUUCACAAAGAGGACAAUAAAGAACGAGUGGUGUGAUCACUACAUGCACUCCAUAGAGAAAGUUAAGAAGUUCGAGAAAGUCCAGGACUUAGCAAUGAACAUCUGGAGGGACGAGAUGAUAGAGAAGGUGCACGAGCCCCUAGUUACAGCGGUACUUCAGGACAUAACACGUGACAGGAGGGGCGUGUCCACUUACUCCAACAUCCUCAGAGAUGUCAUCCACUCCUUCGUUGAGGUUCAGUCGCACGAAGAUCCUCUAGGUUCACAGUUGCAACUCUACAAGGAACUGUUUGAAGAACGAUUACUUGAGAAUACUGGUAAUUUCUAUCAGAAAGAGGCUCAGAAAUUAUACGAGCAGAACGAUGUUAGCAACUACAUGAUCAAGGUUAUAGAGAAACUAGACGAAGAGGAACUAAGACUCAGGAAGUUCAUUCAUCACACUUCUAUCAGCCCCUGCAAAAAAGAGUGUGUCAAUAAGCUGAUAGCUGAUAUACAAGAUCGCUUGUUGGAUGAAUACAAGAUAAUGCUUAAGGAUGAGCAUGUUGAGGAUCUCUCCCGCUUGUACAUAUUGAUACGGCGUUUGAACGAAGGCUGCAAGAAAAUGGCGGAUAUCUUUCACGAUCAUAUAUUUGAAAAUGGUAAGGACUCAAUAGAGCUGAUGGCACGGGGCUGCACUCCCCAGGAGUAUGUAGACGCUCUUCUGGUGGUGUACAGAAAGUUCACCAACAUUGUCAGUAACAACCUCAGUAGUGAUCAGAACUUCACAGACGCUCUUAACAGAGCCAUGACUAAGAUGGUUAACAGCACCGGGGAUACCAAGAAGUAUCCUCGGUCUUCUGAGCUGUUAGUGCGCCACGCUGAUCACAUACUGCGGAAAGGAAACAAGAACAGCUCUUUAUCCGAGAUAGAGGACCAACUCAGAAACUUUAUAGACCUUUUCAAAUAUGUUGAGGAUAAGGACUUAUUCCAGAGGUUUUACAGCAAGAAGCUGGCAAACCGUCUUAUACACAAUACUUCUGUGUCAAUUGAGUUGGAAGAAGUCGCUAUCAGUGGGCUCAAGGACAGAUGUGGUUACGAGUAUACGUCACCGUUACAAAGAAUGCUCAUCGACAUGAAAGUCAGUGACGACCUCACCAAAGAAUUUGAUCAGCAUUUGGAGCAGAAAAACGAGAAGUUUAACGUCGUUUUCAGCGUGAAUAUUCUGCAGUCAGGCGCCUGGCCGUUUAGUGCUAACGCUGGAGUACCCGAAGAACAAGCUGACAAAAGCACAUUAGAUUUCAACGUACCUUCCGACCUCGCUGUCUGCAUUGACAAAUUCAAAACCUUCUACAACAAAAAGUAUAGCGGAAGAAGACUGAGGUUUGUGUUUCCUCUUUCUAACGGAACAGUAGUUCUCAACCAUACUCCACGACAAUACACCAUCACCAUGUCAGUACACCAGCUAGCAGUCUUACUUCUCUUCAACGACAAGGACUCUUCUACCAAAGCAGAGAUAACUGAAAGUUUAGGGCUCGACAAGCCUGAGUUGGAGAAAACGUUGACUACGUUAGUGGAUAGCAAGCUUAUAAAGCUAGAGUCAGAUAACUACACGAUAAACACUGAUUAUGUUAACAAGAAGAGCAAGUUCAAGCUCCCCACCAGUACCGUCAAGGAUCACGCUGAGAAAGAGGUGGAACAGACGCACCAAUCUGUAGAAGAAGACAGGAGAUUGUACAUCCAGGCAGCUAUUGUAAGAACUAUGAAGAGUCGCAAACAGCUCGGCCAUAACGAAUUAAUUCAACAGGUGAUAAAUCUGUCUAAAGACCGGUUCACACCGAGUGUGGCAAUGAUAAAGAAGUGUGUUGAGGUACUGAUAGACAAGCAGUAUCUAGAGAGACACAGCAACCAAAAGGACGUGUACCAGUAUCUGGCUUAAGGAAGACUGGACGUCUGGACAGUUACCCACUGCUACAAACUGAGAAUAACGCUGAAAAUACUUUUUUGUCAAUGACCUCUGAGUAUCCAGAAUCUUAUAUUGUCGUAUAGUUUUCUGGUUAUCAUGUAUAUGGGAAAUGUUAAAUAACCGUGAUGCAGGGUUAUAGUAGACGUUAGGUGUUAUGUUUUCUGGGUACCGAAGAGAAAGAAUUGCUCUGACUCAAUGUACCUCCGUUUCAAGUUGUCAAGGUUAUGAACGAACAUUUAGAUUAAUUUACAUUUAUCGCUUGAUUUAAAGGGAAUUCUCCCUUGAAAAAUUGGGACAGAUUUUCGUCAAUAAUUUGGCUUGAGGGAUGCCAUUGGAUAUUGAUCGAGGGCUUUGUUAUUGGAAUUUGAUUUGUAGUACUCGCUCAACAAAGUGGUUUUUGAAUGGUUUGAAACAGGUUCUGCAAAAUAGGUUAUUAUUAGUAACCUUGUGAUCACUACGACCGGCCCUCUAACAGUCAGCCAAUAACCUACGCUCACUCGCGUUUCGACAUAGGCAUAGCUAUUAGCCGACUGUUAGAGGGCUGUUACCGUAACAGCUGCUUUAUAGCCAGUCGGCACUGUACCUAUUAUCCUAAAUACACUCUGGUAUUCAUAAAGGUAUUCGAAUAUUUUACAUCACUGCGAUACAGCUGUCGCCAAUAGUAUGGUGCACAAUAUAUGCCCCCGUUAACAUUAGUUCGGAAUAUUUUGCUUUUCUUUUUGCACAAUUUUUAGACUGAUUGGAUUUGUUUUAUAGAUUUGCUGGGACUUUGCAAAAUUAUCGAUCUUUUUGAAGAUUAAACGCAACGAAAAUGCUUCUUUAACUUUGACUUUAUCU